AUGGGUUCUCUGCGAGUCGUGAUAAUGCUCGCCUUGCAGCUCUGUGUCAGGGCCCAGUUGGACUCUGAGGUCUUGUUCCCGGAGCUGAGUGACGUCUGCACAGAGGGGAGCUGUUACCCGGCAACAGGAGACCUUCUGAUUGGCCGAGCUCACCAGCUGUCGUCCACCUCCACCUGUGGCCUGCACCGCCCUGAACCCUUCUGCAUCGUCAGCCAUCUGCAGUGGGGGAGAGGAGGAGGUGGAGUCUGGGACAUUUCCUGUGGCUUCUCCCCCUAA